AUGACCGGAAAAAUCUCAUCAUCUGGAUACGACAGCAAAUCAGUUCUUUCUUUGUUUCUGUUUUUAUUCCUUUCUGUCUUUCUUUUUUCGUUUCUGUCUUUAUUCCUUUCUGUCUUUCUUCGCUUCUGUCUUUCUUUCUACGUUUCGGUCUUUCUUACUUUCUGUCUUUCUUUCUUCCUUUCUGUUUUUCUUCCAUUCUGUCUGACAUUCUUCGUUUCUGACUUUCUUUUUUCUCUCUUUCUUUCUUCGUUUUUGUCUUUCUUCGUUUCUGUCUUUCUUCUUUUCUGUCAUUCCUUCUUCGUUUCAGUCUUUCUUCAUUUCUGUUUUUCUUUCUUCGUUUCAGUCUUUCUUCAUUUCUGUUUUUCUUUCUUCGUUUCUCUCUUUCUUCAUUUCUGUUUUUCUCUGCUACUGUCUUUCUUCGUUACUGUCCUUCCUUUCUAUCUUUCUUUUUUCGUUUCUGUCUUUCUUUGUUUCUGUCUCGUGUUUCUUAUUUUCUUGUGGCAAUAUGUUCCUCAAAACAAAUCCAUUCAAUCACAUAGGGAACAUUUCUUGAUAUUUGCUGACUUCUUGACAAUUUCAGAUCGCUUUUCGCUUAACCAGUCAAAACUAUAUAUUAUACCCAUUUCUCCAUUUGUAUCAUUGUCAGAGAACUAUUUUUCCUUCACAUACGUUUUUAAAUAA